AUGGAUAAACUGCGCAAAGAAGCCCGUGAGGCUCUCAUGCAGAAUCCUGGCGAAAUGCCAAUCGAUUUCUUCCCCGCCGUUGCAGCUGCGUCCAAAAGUGAUUUGCAUCAAUUAUGGCAAGACGUUGCUGCUUACGAUCAUUCGACACAUUUGAAUAUCUGCGAGAGCCUGGUUACAGCCACCUGUUAUAUCGACUACUGGGAUGGAAUGCUGCCAAAUGACAGAGGCCCGCGACCCUUGAAACCAGCCGAAGCAAAAGCAGUACACAACUUAUUCGAGUGGGCCAGUGCUGCUGCUUUGCCUUCAUCGGAUUUUGCAGCUGAUUUUGAUGAGACUGUCGAGAUUUCGGACGAUAUUAUCAAAGCCCAGAACGAGAGUCGGUUCAGAUCUGAGCUUGCUCUGGAGCUGAUUCUAGUUUUAAACAAGCCCCUGGUAGGACUACCACCAAAUGGCAGACUAGGAAAUGCAGCGGACAUUCUUCUCGCGGGGGCAUGUUUUGCCAACAAGCAAAACCCAUGGGCCACAUCAGAGAGCUAUAAUGCAGCGUCGAUGCUCAUGAGCACCUCUUUUGCAAAGACAAAGAAUCCCGCCAUCACCAGUGCUGGCCGCAAAAACUUCCAUCCUCAGACUCUACCUCGCUUCGGUGCAAGUGAUCUAGACGCAUCGACAAAGCCGUGGAAAACAACCGAUAUCUACGUCGGAGCUGUACUAUCAUGGAUCCUCUCACAAUACCAACCUGAAGACAAGACCCAAUUUGAAACGCACUUUCAGCUAUUCGUGCCCACCAUCCUAGCAAUGAUCGACGACAACAACCUCCCAUUCAAAACAAAAGGUUGUGCUCUACUCACGCAGCUACUGCAACCGAUCCAAAAAAGCGGCUCGGACAUUCUCCGACGAACAAACCUCACCUCCGUCUUUGAAGAUGCCGUCACGCCGUGUCUUCUAUCCCUACCGUCCAUCACACCCGAGGACAGAUCCCUAGAAAUACUAGGAGCAGCAUACCCAGCCCUCCUCUCCACCCUCAAAACCGCCUACAAAGGCCCAACCCAGUCCGAAAAGGACAAAGAAGCACACACUACCAGUCUCGCCAAGAUCCUCCGAUCAAACCUCAUCUCCUCAUUCCACCACGUCAGCUCCAGCACUCCAGCCUCUGGCUCAACUGCAUCGUUCCCACAUUCCCGUCUCUCAACCUUCCUCCUAGAAAAGAUAACAAUCAUCACCAACGAGCUGGGCAUCCACACUACAAAGUACCUCCAAGAACUCAUCCCAGUCCUCUACACAACACUAUCAAACCCAUUCGGAACAGCACACCCUCCACUACUGCUAGCUGCAGCUGCAGCUACGCAGGCGGUGAUCAAGAACGCACACCCGCGUAUCUGGCGCUGGCGCGGGGAGAUCCUGAGUGGGCUGAGUUCGUGCUGGCUUCAUAUUUCCGAGGAUAGUGGAGGCUCCGUGGCUGAGCUGGCUAAGCUGAAGCGCGAGUUGCAGCAGACGCUUCAGGUUUUGAAGCUUGUUUUGUUGAAUCCUGUUGCUAUUGCGGCUGAUGGCCCAGAGCCGGAGCAGGUGCAGGUGAAGGAAAAUGUGGAGAAGGAGUUCCAGGAGCUUGUUGAUGCGGAUGUAGAGCUUAAGGGGCUUUUUGUUUGA